AAUCGCUAACUUAACGGACAUGCCACAACGCUGGUUGGCGCGUCCGAUGCUAGCUGUGAGGCCAUGUAAGGCGUCGUUUGUUGUCGUUAUGUGACACGUAAAGUGAACUAAAGAUACACAUCAAAUUGUUCCUGCCAUGGAGAGAUUACAGCAUUUGACAAAGCUUACCUCCAGCAAGUGGUUUGCCACCCUAAUGCAAACUAGGCAUUAUUCAAACAAAGGUCUUCAAUCAGAUCAGAAGGCCUACACGCCGCGCCGUGCCGUGCUGUACGUGCCGGGCAGCGACCGGCGCAAGAUAGCCAAGGCGGCGUCGGUGCCUGCCGACUGCGUGGUGCUGGACUGCGAGGACGGCGUGGCGCUGAGCCGCAAGGAGGAGGCACGUCGGACAAUCCGCGACGUCCUUGAUUCUGGCUCCGAUGGCUUAUCCGGCAAAGACUGCUCGGUGCGCGUCAACUCGGUCGACAGCGGCCUCUGUCACCUUGACCUAGAGCACGUGCUCUCCGGACAGCGGCUGCCCGACACGGUGCAUCUGCCUAAAGUGGACACCGUCGAUCACGUGACCUGGUUCAUUGAACGGGUCCGGCAUCACGUUUCAAGUACCAUGUCGCGUCCCCUCAAUAUCAUCCUCUUCACUGAAUCUGCGCUGGGCCUUCUGAACCUCAGAGCCAUCUGCGAACGGGCACAGGAACUGGUGGCUGGCACGGCGCUGUCGCUAGAUGGCCUCGUGUUUGGGUCGGAUGACUACUGCGCUGAUAUUGGUGCCACGCGAACUUCCGCCGCCGGGGAGCUGCUCUUCGCGCGCCAGAACUUCGUCAUGAUCGCCAGGGCGUUCAAACUUCAGGCGAUUGACGCGGUGUACAUCGAUUACAAAGACCUGGACGGCCUGCGCCGUCAAGCGGAGGAGGGGUGCCCAGUUCGGCUUCACCGGGAGCAGGUGAUCCAUCCGGACCAGGUGCCCGUCGUGCAGCGUGCCUUCUCGCCGUCGGCGCAGCGCGCUGAGUGGGCCGCCCAGUUGGUGGAGGCGUUCGAGCAGCACCAGCGCUCGGGCCAGGGCGCCUUCACGUUCCGGGGACACAUGGUGGACCGGCCGUUGCUGCUGCAGGCCCACAAUGUGCUGCGGCUGGCGUCAGUCGGCGGCGGUGAGCGGUGACGCGUCGUCGUCGCCAGACUCCACAGCGGUGACGCGUCGCCGCCCCGCCGUCGCCAGACCCCACAGCGGUGACGCGUCGCCGCCC